UCCAGACAGAGCGACUCAACAUGGCUAGCCUGUCUGGUGUGUGGCCGCGUCCCGGACUCCUCCGGCUCGCAGUCCUCCUGCAAGUCGGCUGCUUAUGUUUAGCCCAAGUUUCGAUAUGGGAAGAAGGUGAGCUGGGCUCUCCGGGACCGGCUGGGAUUCCUGGAGCAGACGGGAUAGAUGGGGAACCUGGGCUCAUCGGCCCCCCUGGACCACCAGGGCCUAAAGGGGAAAUGGGAGCCCCUGGACCAGAUGGACUGGAAGGUGACCCAGGAUAUGAUGGUUUGGAAGGUCCAAAGGGAGAGCCGGGUAUUCCUGGAAGGCCUGGUCCCAAGGGUCUGGUGGGCUUACCUGGACCUCCUGGGACACCGGGUUCUGGAAUCGUGGGACCACCUGGUCCUCCCGGCCCAGUGGGGCUUCCUGGAGAAAUUGGACGUCCAGGACCUAAAGGUGCAGUGGGACAGCUCGGACCAAUGGGAAAGCCAGGCCCUCCAGGUCUACAGGGACCUCCUGGUAACCUCCAUGGUGCGGAAGGGAGUGCAGACCUUCUGUGCCCCGUUUCAUGUCCCCCUGGACUAAAAGGCCCACAAGGACUUCAAGGACUCAAGGGGCACAAAGGCAAACCAGGACGUCUGGGAGAUGCAGGAAGACAGGGACCUCUGGGUAUUAAAGGUGCACCUGGUAUCUCUGGAGAACAAGGCAUCCCCGGCCCACCAGGACCUCAAGGUCUUCGGGGAUACCCUGGUAUGAUGGGAGCAAAAGGUGAAAGUGGUGUUCGUGGAUACAAGGGGAUGGUUGGUCCCGUUGGUCCUCAUGGUCCUCCGGGUAAACAGGGGCCUGAGGGUCCGCUUGGUGACUUUGGUGACAAAGGAGAUCGGGGAGAUCGAGGGCAGCCGGGACGCCAAGGUCCCUCGGGACCCAAGGGAAAAAAUGGAUUACCAGGCAUUGAUGGCAAGGAUGGCACCCCUGGGGUUCCUGGUAUGAAGGGAGCAAAUGGCCAAGCUGGGAUUCCAGGACCUGCUGGUCCUCAGGGCAAAGCUGGAUUACCAGGGCAGCCAGGUCAGAAGGGAGCCGCUGGUGCCAAGGGUGAAAGUGGUUUACAAGGAAUGACAGGUUUCUCUGGUCCCCGGGGUAAAAUGGGUGAGCCUGGACCUCAGGGGGAGAUCGGCCCUCCAGGACCUGCGGGUCUGAGGGGUGACAGAGGAAUGUCUGGUGAAAGCGGUCCUCCAGGGCCCAGAGGCAAGGCUGGCACAAAAGGAGAGCGAGGACCCCCAGGGGUGCCGGGUCCUCAGGGGAUCCCUGGACCGAAAGGAUCUAAGGGAUUGCAAGGAAAAGCAGGAUCCAAAGGCAAUUACGGAGACCCCGGAGUGGAAGGCUUGGAUGGCGAUCCAGGUGAAAAGGGAGAUGAGGGGGAGCCAGGAGUGAAAGGACAGCAAGGUAUCCCAGGGGAACCAGGAUAUCAAGGUGCUCCCGGUAACCCGGGUGAGCCCGGAGCUCAGGGCCGGGCCGGACUGUCUGGGUCCCGGGGCCCCAACGGAGUGCGAGGAAUUCCAGGAGCAACCGGGAAACGGGGAUCCCCUGGGCGAGACGCAGGAGAUCAGCAUAUCAUUGAGGUGUGCCUGAAAAUGAUGCAAGAACAGUUAGCAGCCGCAGCAGUCAGUGCCAGGAGACAGGUAUUGGGUGGUGCAGGGAUGACAGGACCUUCCGGACCCCCUGGACCAGUAGGCCCUCCUGGUGAACAAGGAGACCACGGUUUUCCGGGACCUCGUGGGCUGCCUGGUCUGACAGGCCCUCAGGGACAGAUUGGAAAUACAGGACCAAAGGGCAAACGAGGAGAGAAGGGUGAUCGAGGUGAGACGGGCCGUGGACAUCCUGGCCUGCCAGGCCCACCUGGAAUUACAGGACCAGCAGGAAUGCCAGGACGGAGUACAGACGGUAGACAUGGUGAAUUAGGUGUGCAGGGUAUGCCUGGACAACCUGGUCACCCUGGUUUGCCUGGUCCCCCUGGUAUACCUGGAUACUGUGAAGCUGCUGCUUGCUUAGGAGCCUCGGCAUACCUGUCCUCAGGUGGGGGACCUGAUUUCAAAGGGCCAUGAACUGUUACCCGACGGCCAGCACGCGGCCAAACAACUGACCAGCAAGUGUCGCGUGCACAGCAGCGAGGAAGGAGUGAGAGAGAAAAUGGAGACAGCCAGGAAUCAACCCUAAAGGAAGGGGUUUCUUGAAGACUGAAAUAAUUUUAAAUAUUUGGUGCGUUUUAUAAAAAAAGAAACACAAAGGAAAUGAAAAAUAAACACAAAAUACUACUUUACAGAUUAAAUGAAAGCUAAAUAGUUUUUAAAAAGAUUUGCAUUGGCAUGUUUAUUUGUCCAAAGAUUGAUGUACAUUGGUCCCUAAUUUCUUAUUUGGUUUAAUGAUUUUAAAAUGAAUAGGACAAACUAAUAGGGAAUGUUAUAGUGAUGUGAGUCUGCAUCAGUCCUUUGUGUAAAUCUAAUAGUUUUGUGUUUCUGUAUAGAAUUCCAUUUCAUUGUAGCGACUAGACUAAGUGUGUUAUCGACGAGCCCGUCUCAUUACAUGCUCUGGACAAGUGCAGAGAUCAACUCCAUUGCUGAAAUCUUCUGUCACCAAAUCAGUCUCAUGUGGACCUCCUCAGAUUUAUUUCAAAGCCCUGUGUGGGUGAGGCUAGUUCAAGGUUUGCUGUGUGGUCUAUGCCAGCAUGAAUUCUGUGUGAGCAGCUCUGAAGGAAUUUAAAAAAAAUAAACAAAUUGCAAGAAUUGUAAAUUCAGCAUGUAGAGCAGUGUCAGCGAGAGAGCUGGGAUGAAGGAAUCAGCUCCGGUGAUACUGUCAUCCCUCAGUGUACAGUUGAGUGAUACACAGUCUGAUGUUGCAUCCUCAUGAGGAUGGAAUCUCAGCUGAGAUUUCAUUGAGAUGAGGGGAGGGUUAGCACCACCACACCCACAGAAAACCAACAUCCCAAGCCUGAGUUUUGGUCCUCCCUAGAUGGACCACAGCAAUGAGAUUUGGACCCUGCAUAUUCCUAACCCCUACUGAACCGAAGACUCACUCUCUCACAGCCUGAGAAAGGGUAACCUGUCGUUUUAUUCUUUGCUCAGUCUGCUGAUCAGUGUCAGGGGUUCGCUUCUGGUUGGAGCAGAGCUGAGCUCAGAGACUGGGUGCUGGAAAUCCCAUUGAGCAUUGUAGGAAAGAAUCCUGCUAUCCUGUAGACUGUGUAUUGUACGAACUCUUCCCUCCAGUUAGUGAUCCAGAGAAGGUACCUGUGAAUGGCAGCACACUAUGGUGAAUCUUCUUGCAAUUUCCUCACUGUAAAUAUGUAGUUUACAGGAUUAGCACAGAAGAUAAUGUUCCAUGAAACAAACAAGCAAAGGACAAGUUGAGGACCCUGUGGUAAUGUUUUUAAUCAGUGGGUUAUUUCACCACAGAAUUUGGCACCUGGAAGCUUAAUAACAAAUAUUGUUGAAGCCCUGUGUAACAUGCCCAGAAAUAAAACCUACUGAUUAACUUCAUUAACAUAAUUAAUUUAUUAUGUUUUAAAUCUUGUGCAACUGUAACGACCAUGUGUUUGUCUCUCGUUGUACUGGAGCACCAUCCAAUAAAAUGGACAUUUUGUAAAAGACAAUGUUUUUCUGUCACCUGCAGACCCCAUGCCUACACUGCACUUCAGCCUGGUGCUCAGGCCCCCGCUGGGCCUCUGUGCUCUGGCUUGGCUCAGGCUCCUUUCAUUGGGACUUUGUACUCGGACAGAGCGUUGCACCGUGCAUCUGAGUUAUGCACUGGGACUGUGCUC